AUGAGCCCAGACGGAAUGGAUAUCGAAGUAGGCGAUGCCGUGGACGUGCCAGGCGGCAUGAACGGCGUCGUCAAGUUUGUUGGCAGUAUUCGUGGGAAGAAGGGCGUCUUUGCGGGGGUUGAGCUGAGCAGAGAGUUCGCAUCGCGCGGAAAGAACAACGGGGACGUAGAGGGCACGCGUUACUUCACUGCUUCUGUUCCUGGCUCAGGCAUCUUCUUGCCAGUGCAUCGCGCAUCGAAACGCUCGUCAGGGACGUCGGACGAGUUCUCUCCCGCCCCUGCCACACCGUCGUCGUACGCCAACUUCAGUCUCUCCACCAAUGCAAAGCCCACCUUCAGCCCGAGUACGCCCUCAGCACCCAAGUUCUCGCAGUCUGUCGGCCCUGGCGCUAGCACCAGUCCACGGAGAACGGCGUCUCUACAACAACGAGCAGAGUCGCCCUACCGAAGAUCACCGAGCGUGUCAGCGACACCAGGGAGGAAUGGCGGACUCACGCCGUCUGGUUUCUCGAAGAGCGCCAUAGGGGCGCCACCAAGAUUCAAUAGCCCUGCUCCUCCGAGGGUAGUUGGAAUGCAGAAACCACGGACACCUGGCCCGCAAGGACCCUACCCGCGGGCCAAUUCUCGUCUUGCCACACACGAUACGAUUGACGAAGACGGUGAAUUGACACCAGUCGGUGCGGCACGCAGCAGCAACGAUUCCAUGGCAAACUUCAAGGGUCGCCGGGUUGCCUCUCGAGCAGGCUCACAUCAGACUGAAGAGGUCCAAAGACUAAAGCAACUCCUGGAAGAGCGCGAACAACAACUCAGAGAUCAAGCAUCUUCACUGAGUGAGAUGGAGGCAAGCUUGUCAGAAAUCCAGACUCUCUUCCCGGAGGACGGCCCGGACAUGUUCCCCACUCGCGGCAACGGAACGGAGCCUAACGAUGUUGGACAACUACGGAUACUUCUUAAGGAGAAGAACGAGAAGAUCUCAAUGCUCACAGCUGAGUUCGAUGCACAUCGAGCGGACUUUCGAAGCACGAUCGAUACUUUGGAGCUGGCAAGCACUGAGACUGAACGGGUAUACGAGAAGAAGGUCGAAGAGUUGCAUGAAGAAAUUCGAGAAUACCAGGCUCGCAGCGAGGAUGUCGAGACUGUGGCAAUGCAGCUCAAACAACUGGAAGAGCUUGUUCAAGAGUUGGAAGAAGGUCUCGAAGACGCACGAAGGGGAGAAGCAGAGGCACGAGGCGAGGUGGAGUUCUUGAGAGGUGAAGUCGAGCGCGGCCGAUCAGAACUACGUCGCGAGCGGGAGAAGGCUGCAGUGGCGUUGAAAGGUGCAGGUACGACGGCAGAUGGCCCGCACGCGCCUGGGCAAAGAGAGGUUGAACAGCGCGACGAUGAGAUCCGAGGGCUCAAAGCUAUUAUCCAUUCGUUGAGCUCCGUCGGCCUAGAAGAACCUGCCCGCUCUCCUCUGUCACGACAAAACUCGGGGGUCAACCCUGAGGAGCUGAGAACUGCACAAGCUACCACAGAGCGCCUGGAGCGCGAAAAAGAGGAACUGCGUAGCCUUGUAGAGAGAAAGGCUGACAAGGAAGAGGAGCUGGAACGCGAGCUGGAGAAGUUGAAGAGCCAGCUUGGCCUUGCUGAGCAGCGUGCAAGUGUGAUCAGCCAUGGUCCCUCCGAACACACCGCAGUGCAAGAGAAGCGAUCAUCAGGACGAGACUCGAAAGGGACAGUUGUGAGCUGGAGAGAUGCGCCCCAACUAGCUCGACGCGAUCCUCCAGUUCUUGAGCCCAUGGCUGAGUCCGACGGUCGCUCGUCAAUCGAUGGUAGUUCGUUGUGGUGUGAAAUCUGCGAGGCUGGAGGGCACGACAUCCUCAGCUGUUCGGCCAUGGGAGCCGACUCUACUUAUAAAGAGGACGGUAUUCCUACUGGCCAAGACGUAGUGAUUGAGGGUCUGCGGAACCUUUCCAUCUCGUCAGGAUCUCGGCCGGCUGGUCUCGCUCCAACAAAGCCACCAGGCAAUGCUCCCACCGCACCCCUACCCAUACCUGCUUUCAACAACUCCAGUUCGUCGUUAGUGCCUCCGAAGGGCGCCGCGAUAGCAGAUCCGGAUAAGUGGUGUGCGCUUUGCGAGAAUGAAGGUCAUGAUGUGACGGAAUGUCCUAACGAGGAUGAAUUUUAA